GCGCGCCCGGCCCGCUCCAGCCGCCUGGCAUCCUCGGCCCGCGCCCCGCCAGCCGCGGCCCCGCUCCGCGCCACAGCAGCCCGACUGCGCUCCACGCGGGACGGCGCGGCCAUGAGGCUGCGGGGAUGCGGCCCCCGGGCCGCCCCCGCCUCCAGCGCAGGGGCCGGCGACGCUCGGCUGCUGGCGCCCCCCGGGCGGAACCCCUUCGUGCACGAGCUGCGCCUCAGCGCCCUGCAGAAGGCCCAGGUGGCCCUCAUGACGCUGACGCUCUUCCCGGUCCGGCUCCUGGUUGCCGCCGCCAUGAUGCUGCUGGCCUGGCCCCUAGCACUUGUUGCAUCCCUGGGCUCUGCGGAGAAGGAACCCGAGCAGCCCCUGGCCCUGUGGAGGAAGGUUGUGGACUUCCUGCUGAAGGCCAUCAUGCGCACCAUGUGGUUUGCCGGCGGCUUCCACUGGGUGGCCGUGAAGGGGCGGCGGGCGCUGCCCACCGAGGCGGCCAUCCUCACGCUCGCGCCGCACUCGUCCUACUUCGACGCCAUCCCGGUGACCAUGACCAUGUCCUCCAUCGUGAUGAAGGCAGAGAGCAGAGACAUCCCGAUCUGGGGAACUCUGAUCCGGUACAUACGGCCCGUGUUCGUGUCCCGGUCAGACCAGGAUUCUCGCAGGAAAACAGUAGAAGAAAUCAAGAGACGGGCACAGUCCAACGGAAAGUGGCCGCAGAUAAUGAUUUUUCCAGAAGGAACUUGUACGAACAGGACCUGCCUAAUUACCUUCAAACCUGGUGCCUUCAUCCCCGGAGCUCCCGUCCAGCCUGUGGUUUUACGAUAUCCAAAUAAACUGGACACCAUCACAUGGACGUGGCAAGGACCUGGAGCGUUGGAAAUCCUGUGGCUCACGCUGUGUCAGUUUCACAAUCAAGUGGAAAUCGAGUUCCUUCCUGUGUACAGCCCUUCCGAGGAGGAGAAGAGGAACCCCGCGCUGUACGCCAGCAACGUGCGGCGAGUCAUGGCCGAAGCCCUGGGCAUCUCCGUGACUGACUACACUUUUGAGGACUGCCAGCUGGCCCUGGCGGAAGGACAGCUCCGUCUCCCGGCUGACACUUGCCUUUUAGAAUUCGCCAGGCUGGUGCGCGGCCUGGGGCUCAAACCAGAAAAGCUUGAAAAAGAUCUGGACAAAUACUCAGCAAGCGCCAGGGUGAAGGGAGGAGAGCCGAUCGGCAUUUCGGAGUUCGCAGCCUUCCUGGAAGUGCCCGUGUCCGACCUGCUGGAAGACAUGUUCUCCCUGUUCGACGAGAGCGGCCGCGGCAAAGUGGACCUGCGGGAGUGCGUGGUGGCCCUGUCUGUCGUCUGCCGGCCGGCCCGGACGCUGGACACCAUCCAGCUGGCUUUCAAGAUGUACGGGGCGCAGGAGGAUGGCAGCGUUGGCGAAGGCGACCUGUCCUGCAUCCUCAAGACGGCCCUGGGGGUGGCAGAGCUCACCGUGACCGACCUAUUCCGAGCCAUUGACGAGGACGAGAAGGGGAAGAUCACAUUUGCCGACUUCCACAGGUUUGCAGAGCUGUACCCGGACUUCGCAGAGGAGUACUUGUACCCCGAGCAGACGCAUUUCGAAAGCUGUGCGAAGACCCCACCUGCGCCAAUCCCAAACGGUUUCUGUGCCGAUUUCAGCCCCGAAAACUCGGACGCUGGGAGGAAGCCCGCUCGGAAGAAGCUGGAUUAGGACUGAGGGCUGCGUGAGACUCGCCCUUCCCGCGUGGCCGUCACCGCCACGAGCCUCUGAGAGUGACCUCGGGGCCCCGCUCCCCACUCCCGCUGUCCUGGCACUGCCUUCGGCCCGAGUUCCAGGGACCGCGGGGGCUGUUCUUAUUCUGUUCCUUGGUGAAGAGUCUGUUGCAGAACCGGCGCUUACUGUGCGAGAAUCGGAGGGCACGCACGCGGACCCCCGCCUGGCCUGGACUCUGGGGUCAGGUUCCCUGCCCGGCUGGGGGCACCGUGUCGCCCGGUGCUCUCCCACGGGGUCCUGGUUUCCAGUCUCUGUCACAGCCUCUUCCAGCGGCACUGUGCACCGGGCGGGCCUUCGUGCACACUCAGCACCCACCUGCCACACGGAGCGCACCUGCCUGUCGCUCUGGCACGAAGCCUCCGGAUCUGCAGCCUGGCAGGGCCGCCGCCCAGUUUCUCAGUGUUUCUACCGCGUGCGGGAGCUCAUGAGUACUUUAUAAACUCCAUUUAGGUACUUCAGGAAACAUGCAGCAUUUUUUAAAAAAUGGAAAUUGUUUUCUACUUCAUUUUUCCUUUUAGGGUCAAGGGAUAUUUAUUUAUAGGCCUUUUUUUAAAUAGAAUCUGAGGCUGUUUGGGCUUUGACUUAAAUUUCCAUCAGGUCUCUCUCCAGCAGGUAAUCCCUCUCCUGCUGGGUCCCCUCGGGGAGGUGUGAGCUCAAGGACCCAGCCCCAAAACACUUUUCCUGCUUUUCUUAAUCCUUUUCCAGUCCCCUCUUUUUUAUAAACAUUGCCAGUUUGCUGUUUCUGUUCCGUCAUGACGUCAUCCACUUCACUGUAGCCUACAUUCCAAUCCAAGGUUGGAUAUUGUUCAGAUGAGCUGGGCCGAGCUGGGAACUAAAGGCGGCCUCCGCCCUGCCACUCCUCCCUGGCUCGGGGGCCGGGUCCCUGCUGGAAGCGGCUGCAUCUUCCUCUCAGCUCCCGUUUCCAUGGUGACCGGUGUGACACAGCCACCCUGGCAUGGCUGACCUUCCUGCCCUGCAGAGAGAAGCCGCAGCCUCUUGCCUGUGGAAGGAGAUGCUGGGCAGCGCAGUGCGGAGGGUGACGGGGAUGUCUGGUGACAGCCGCGCAGACACCGCACCUCCCCGCAGCGCUGCCUCCCAGCACCGGGGUCGCGGGCACAUCCUGCUGAGCGCAUGGGUCCUGCCCCCUCUCAGAGUCAAAGGCGAAGGGGCUUCCAGGCACUGGGGUAUUGGGGUGUCACCUGAAGUCCUUCUGAUGUCACCCUGCUUCAUCAUUUUCUGUGACGUGAUUGGAACCCAUUCUUCAAGCACAAUAAUCGUCACAGACUUCAGUUGGCUUCCUAAAGCAAAGGCUCCAGGUUUGUUUGGAAAAUUUUUUUGAUUUCUGAAAUGAAUUGAUUUUAAUAUUUGGGGCAUCUCUAUAGAAAGUGACCAGUAAGUACAGGAAAGCAAUGUUUACUAACUUCCUCAGAGAGAUUCGCAGUACGCGUUUCUCCACUGACAGAUGCUUGAAAACAAACAACCUUCAGCUCCUUUUCAAUCUCCUUGACUUGCUAGCGUGGACACUGCCAGCCAGGCCAGACGGGGACGGAGGAAACCGAAGUCGAUUUCAGGGCUCUGGGCCUGUUGGACACGGAAGAAAUUCUAGUGUAGCCUUGGUAGCUACCAGUCAUUGAUUUUAGAACUGGAGAAUGCGAAGAUUCAUUUUUAAAGGAGAAGAACCUGCACAUGGCCAAUGACGGAGGUGAACAAACUAAGAUAUUCUGAGGGAAGGGACCCAGGCCACCCCCUUCCCUGCAGGUCUGCAGAUGAAGGGUUUUUUGAAUGAAAUGCCACCGUGCAUUUUCAGAAAAAAUCUCUGAUAGCCAGACUUUAAAUGGAUGUUUGUUCCUCCUGAUUCUCUCUUCUCUUGUGUGGUGACUUAGAGUUGGUGGGUAUUCAGAACUGUGAAUGUACAUAGCAUUGAGUCAGAUUCCUCGUGUGUGUGAAGGGACGUGGCGGGCCUCCUGGUGGCCUGGGAGCCAGGCCGUGGCAGGUGCAGCAUGGCCCAGGCCUGCGGGGGCGUGAGGGCAGAGGGAGGGUCGCCGUGAAGGAACUUGGGAUUUUCAGUGGAAUAAAUAAAACAUACUGUCUUCUAUACUUGGGA